AUGGUACAAAAUCCACAACAGAACGCGCUCAAGAACCACGAUUUAACAUGCUUUGACUUUUCCAGGAACAUGUGUGAAAACUAUAAAUCUCCAUCAGAAAAAUACUCAGAAAUAUACAAAAAGCUCCGGCAAGAAUUUACAGAGGAAGGCGUAAGCUAUCUUCGUCAACAUCUGUUAAAAGCCAUAUCCACCAAUUCUCCAUUCAAACUUCUCAUUCCUGAUACUUACACAACUCUCAACAAAGUGGCAGAAAUUUUGCUUUUAAAUGAGUUUGAGCUUGUGUAUUGGCACAUUUUAAUAGAGUCUACAUCUAAAGCAGAGCGGGCAAUGAAUUCUCAGCUCCUUGCGAUUUUUACAGCCUUUAUGGCUAAAAGUGACUUAAAUAAUGAGUAUGAACCAUUCGAGUAUCUAUUGGAAACAAUUUUCCCAAAUUUUAGAAUGAAUUAUUAUAACUGAACCUUAAUUACAGACUGCAGCGACGUAAGUCUUGCCCAGCUAAACGCCAAAUACAACGAAAUGAUAUUGUCCAACAAAACUCACUUGUAUAGAGAUUACGAUGAUAUGGUUAAUGAAUUAAUGGAUAUGCCUAGAAGAAAAGAGAGUUAUAUAUCAGAGUAUAAAAGUGAUUUAUCUACCAUUGGGGAUAUGGAAAACGAAUUGGAAUUAUUCGAACAGGAAGUUUUGGGAGGCGAACACUUUUCAUCAAUAGAUGAGGACAUGAUAAAUGUGAUUUAA